GGCCUAUAAAAGUCGGGAUGUGAGCGGGACGUUCAGUGCACGUAUCCUGCGUCAACCCGACACGUCAGAGAUCUAACCAUGGCUUCCAAGGAGGCGAUCUGCGAAGUUGCGCUGCUGGACCCACCGGCGUACGAGAGAGGGUCUAAGAGCUCAGAGAAGACGAAGUGGGUGAUCACGGCGCUGACGGUUGUGUUGGUGACAGGUCUGAUCGUGGGAGGGCUGCUGGCGUCAGCACACCUGUGGAACAACCGCACGUCCGACACGCCUCACAAGGGCUCCGACAGCGGCCGUCAGGUGCAGGUGUACGUGCGCGUGUACGAGGUGGACGGGCGGCGUGUGAGUGAACAGAUCACCGUGGACCAGGAGAACCAGGUGGAGACGUUCCACGUGCCGCAGAACGGACAGUACCAGGCGGUCACCGUCAGGAAGGACUUCAAGCGGAACCUGGCUGUGUACAAGGAUGACGAUGACCGGGUUUGUUUCGUCCGUACCAUGGACAACCCGCGGGAAUUCACUCCGGACAUUCUGGACAAGAUGCUGACUACUACCAAGGGAGAAGUGGCCGAGGAGUCGGCGGAGGACGACGUCCCAGCGGAGCAGCUGAGCGUGCUGGAGGCCGUGCCGGACCUGGGCAGCCUGGCUGGCGCCGACGCCGCCGACCUGUGCACCGGGUACUCCGUCCUGCGGGUCGGCCCGGCACAGGACGCCGCCCCCGCCGAGGGACACCAGAGGGUCCGCCGCCAGUACCGGGACGGGUUCACCUGGCUCCCGCCUACCUACACGUGGGGAGGCGGCCGUCACAGCAUCAGUGGCACGGCUAACCCCUUCGCCGGGUCCGCCGGAGUCACCUACACAUUCCGCUUCUAAAUCGGACAAGCUGCUAGCCUAAAUACACGUGUCACACUAGUAAGUGUACGUGGGAUCAUGUUUAAUGCAUUUUUUCUAUGAAGAGUUUUGUAACACGACUAUCAUGUGGUGCACAUACCUGUAUGAUAAAUUUUCACAUUUUCUACAAGCGGUCGACCUUAUAUGUUUUAUACAGAGCAAAGUUAUAUUGUGAUCCAGUCGUACCAAUUCGUACCAUUCAGAUGUAUUGCUAUAGUUGAGUUGGUGGGCGAAACAAAGACCUGAAGAGUUAUUAAGAUGUUGCUCUUGGUUAUGCUUUAUUUGAAUAAAAAAAGUAUCCCCGAA